UUUAAACAAGAUCCAUGAUCCGAGGCCUGCGAGGCCAACAUUCAAGGUUCAUAUGUAAAGUUGAAGCCCGUCUAUUCUAACGUAUCGAGAUGUUGAAAACCGACGGGACGCUGACAUAACGGCAUAAUUGGCUGCUCAUAUUCUUAUUGCACCUCAUCUAUGACCUACCAACGCUUAAGGUAUACGGAUGACGGUUCUAAGCGCCUGCAUUAGCCAUGUACUGGCCCAUCGGAACUCCUAGAAUCUAUGCGACAACCACCAGCCAAGCUUCCUCUAAGUCCAACUUCGUCGUAUCCAACGAUGGCACUGCUUCCAUCACAACCGCCGAUACUGAAUCCUUGUCGAGUGCCGAACCACCGCCUCCCGUGCUGUUAGAUGAGAAAGACCGGAACAUACCAGAUUCCCAUAUACCGCCUGUCACUCCAGGCCUAAAGACACCGGCCACACCAGCUAUAAACUCGGUAGAGCAUGAUGUGUACCAUGAUGGAAGCAACUCGAAUUCACAGCAAUAUCUUACGGGGCCGGAUGGAGGAGAUAUUCCAGCUGGAGAUCCAAUUAUCGCCUUGAAAGUAUCCAGGACCGGCCAUCUGUUUGCCAAUAUCACAGCCACUACAAUGACAGUUUGGCAAACCAAGCCUACUGUGAUCCAGGCCGUUGUCGUCCGAUCCGAAGCAUCUAUCAGGUCCUAUGGCACUAAUGUCGCACUUCUGCUAAGGCCCGAUUCCGUUAUAUUCGUCGUUCAAACAAGCCUGGGAUAUUUAAUUACGUAUUCACUUGCUACCGACGCCGAAUCCCGCGUUUAUAAACCUCGCUUCUCGGAUCAUAGUAACAUACAAAGGCGUAGGCAAAGCCAUUUUGGAGGUCCUGGGAACAACACACCUGAUCAGAUCCUGUUGGGGCCAGGAGAAGGAACCGGAGUUCGUGACAUAAGCGUCCGGUUUCGUAGGGUGAUUAAAGUCGACGCCGGCAUCGAAUGCGCUAUAGCCCUUGACGAUGAGUUGGUUGUUGCCACCAAGAGACCGGCUGCCGUUCAAUGCAUUCGCUGGACCCCUGAUAGUACCGGCAACCAAACGAGCACCGAGCUCGUAAGCCGCAUGGGUUGGUUGGAGAAGAAAGUGACGAUCAAGGAAAUGACUCACGACCGGCCGAUGAACCUUUCUACUUGGGUUACAAGCGACGGGAAAGCGUACGCCGUCCAACGUAUCUCGGCUACUAAAGCUAAAGAGAACCCUGAUUUCGAUCCAAAGAAGUUAUUUAAAGGUUAUUGCUUUCACUCGCCACACGGAGAGAGUGAUCGUGCUGUUAAGGCCGUCGUCAAUGCCAGGUUUUCGCUCGUCGCUGUGGGUUGUACGGAUGGGAGUAUACGUGUAUACUCUGCUAGAGAUUACGCUGGAAAUAUCCCCCCUUCUCAUGUACACCAACUCCCAGUCUCGUCUGAAACUUCAGGCAUCUUAAAAUCACUAAACUAUUCACCAGACGGAUAUUGCCUGUUCGCGGGUUAUGAAAGUGGAUGGGCGACCUGGAGUGUUUUUGGCAAGACUGCCGGUCACAGCUUCAACGCCAAUCCUUCUAUCACUUCCGCCAACCAGGAAGGUUGGCUGGAUGGUGUAAUAGAUGCUAGCUGGGUUGGCGGUGCUUCUGAGAUCCUUAUGGUUGCUCGUCAGAGCGAAGCCAUUUGGCUUCUCGAGAUGGCACGAAGCGCAGUGACUGGUUGCUACACCCCGCCUAACCUCUUCCGCACGGUACUGCAGAGUUCAUCUACGGUCAUGGUUUACCGCGGCUAUGACCUCCCAGACCUUACUAGCAUAUCUGCUGAGCCAUUUCUCUGGCACAAUGCUAGGAUACCCUCCAAUUACCUUUUAAAUCAGUGGCCUAUCAAAUGUACUGUCGUGUCUGCUGACGGUAGAUACAUUGCAGUCGCUGGCAGGCGUGGGCUUGCACACUACAGUGUUAACAGCGGUAGAUGGAAGACCUUUGCGAACGAAGCCAUGGAGAACGAGUUCCAAGUCAGGGGCGGGAUGUGUUGGUACCAGCAUAUCUUAGUGGCAGCUGUUGAAGCUAAUAGAUCAUAUGAGCUCCGGCUCUACUCAAGAGAAGCAGCCCUGGAGAGCUCCACGGUCAUGUUCACUCAGCAGAUGCCGGCACCUAUCGUAUUGAUUACCCCGUCAGGAGAGGACUCCCUACUCGUCUACACCUACGAUAAUCUCCUCUACCACUUCGUUUUCGCGCCCGUCUCCGGUGCCAUGCGGCCCAUACAAGUUGGACAAAUUGCGUUUCACGGUAUUGUUAGAUCGCCCGCGAGGGUGAGGGGCCUCAGUUGGAUAUUGCCCGAAAGUCAGAUGAUCGAUGGCGAUCCCUCACAAGACGUCGCGUUUGCGUCGGUACUAUUCCUAGUAGAUGGGAAGCUCGUCCUCCUCCAACCGUCAGUGAACAGCGAAGGGCAGCUUAAAUAUGACAUGCGUGUCAUAUCUCAUAAUGUGGAAUUCUAUGCGAGUAUGAGAGAUCACUUAUCAGUCAACUUAUUAAAUGAAUCCAGUGCGCAAUAUUCCGUGGAGGCGGAGGAAAGUAGUCUUCGAAAUUCACUAUGGGUAUUUGAAGGCCACGAACUAAAGCUCUGGCCUGAUAUUCAAGAUGUCCUACGAGCGACUUCAGUAGGACCAGCCGGGGAACUACCCCCGACAGUCUCUAUGCCAAUCGACUUCUAUCCUCUCUCCAUUCUACUAGGCAAAGGAAUCGUGCUAGGGGUUGAACCCGAACUAGUCCAACGGAGAGACGUUAGUUUCUCUUUCUUCCGUUUCUCCAUCAGGACUCAUCUUUUCCUUCCUGAAAUUCUCCGAUUUCACUUAGUCGCAAGCAACGGCGCUGCUGCACUUAAGCUAGCCCAGCAAUACCAAAACCUCGAGUACUUCGCACAUGGCUUAGAAGUACUGCUUCAUCAUGUUCUCGAUGAAGAGGUCGACUCGGCACCAAAACCAGAGGCUGCCAUUCUUCCCAGAGUUCUUUCACUCUUGUCUUCGUUCAAACAGUACUUAGAUAUUGUAGUCCAGUGUACAAGAAAAACAGAGGUUAGGUCAUGGCGAACACUCUUCGCGUACUUGCCUCCGCCGCAGGAGUUAUUCGAGGAGUCGCUUCAACGUGGCUCGCUGAAGACAGCCGGUGGUUAUCUACUCAUACUACACACAUUCGAAGAGCUAGGUGCCGCAUCGGAACAGUCUGUGCGGCUAUUCUCUCGGGCCAUUCGAGAAGAAGAUUGGGAGCUUUGCAAGGAGCUAGCCCGGUUCCUAGCAGCAAUGGACGAAAGUGGGGAGACAUUAAGGGAGGCAAUGGAAUUAGUCAACAUCCGAAUCAAGAAAGAGUCGGAUGAUACUGACAUAAGUAGCAGGCUUGAGGUACCGCAGCUGAAGACUAACGGUACUUCCCGCUUAAUGCGACAUAACUCGGACACAGGCUCCGACAUACAAUCAACCAGUGACAUAAGCAGCCUUGGCACAGCAAGUCCAAUAUAAUGGAAAUGGAAUAGAGCAGGCAGCAUAGGAUAAAUGGGUUCGGAUGGGAAGUAAUCCACGUUCUUCAUCCAUUAGGUAGUUAGGAGCUGAAGGAUCGCAUUGUAACUUUUUGGGUCGUCUUUAAUACACGUUUAAAAGGCGGAAAGGAAUGCGGACUCAGAGACUAAUCUGAGAUAGCACUGUUCAGUUCUGCCUUUUUAUGGAGUUUACUAGAUGAAAUGGAAUUUAAACAUUGAAAUAUGCAAACGGCCUUCUAAGGCCUUUUGGAAUUCUAUCAGACCUGUUAUUAUUUACUCGUUGUUCAGGGGCCUCCGUUAAUGCUUAUGUAAGUGAUAAUCAC